AUGAAACCCGCGCGGAGGCGCCUGGCCAAAAGAAUUAGCAACUUUUACAAAAAUGUGAGCGCAAAUGCGCCCCUUUUCGCCACGAACUUGCUGCUGUACCGCUUCGACCGCGACUUGAUAGCCACCCUGGUGCAGACAUGUAAGAGGCUCCUGAAAAGGCAUGCACAGGGGGAGACCAAACCCCACGAGGAGUACUUGCUAAUCUUUAAUUAUGUAAUUUUUUCCCACUUGCAUUUUGUCCUCUCCGAGUUGGGCCAAAAUAAUACUCCCCACUUUGACAUCGUCUAUGAUUUGUGUGAGUCCAAAUGUGGGAACACUCCCCUUUUAAACGCAAAGAGGUUAACAAAAAGGCGGAAAUGCAGCGCGUCCAAGUUGAGGAGGCUACUCAUAGGGGGUGGUACACAUGGCGGGUUGGAUCACUCCCAGGGGGGAACUCCUCAUUUGUGUAGCCAGGGAGAACAAAAUGAAACUUCUUACGAAAGUUACCAACCAGGGGGGAGGAGGCAUAAACAAACAACUAGGCAAGAAUCGCAUGCGGAAAAACAUCCACAUGAGUGGAAUAAGCACAUCUGUCAUGAAGGCUAUCGGAAGAGGGCCCACCAUUGGGGAAGCAAGCCGUUGGGGUAUGCUAGCAAAACAUAUGGAAGGGUGCACAUUAGCUACAAAGGUGAACGUAGCUGCACCGUAAAGUACAUUACGAACACGUGUCUGCACAAUUGGUCUGUGAGACGGUUCCCAUUCUGCUCAUCCAUGGAGUGCUCCGAGGCGGGCGAAAGUCAGUUCGUUGAGCAACUCAAACGAUUAUACGCACAUGUGCACUACUGGAUGUGUCUCAUGCAGCUGAACAUGAGGUGCAGGCGUAGCUGCAGAGUAGGCGAGUUGAAAAGUGAAGAGAAAGACAUCUAUGAUGGUAUAUACAAAAAUAUUUACAACUUAUUCAAACGUAUGAAUAGGAAUCAUUUUGAGAGCAUCCAAAUGAUAAAGAGGAAGAAGCAACAGCUUUCCAUAACUCACAACUGCGAAAUGGAGGACCUUAUAAGUGCCACUAAGGGGACCGCAGGGGGUAACUCCAAGGGCACACAACAAAUUAAUGAGCUUGUCUUUAAGCAUAUAGCUGAGAAGGAGGCUCUGUGUAGACACGCGGAACACGAGGUGAAGGUCAUGCAGCUUGUUAACUUGAAAGAGUACAAGGAGCAUAUCUUCUACAUCUUUAACAUCCUACAGAGGGAGAGGAACGUCCUCUCUUUGCCUCCUCUACCGGAGGACGAAUUGGAGGGGGUAGAUGCAGGCGUGGCUGAGGGAUCAUUACGGGUUCAGCCCAAUGGGUUCUGCCCCUGCGCACAUAAGGGAGGGCACCCCUAUUUUGCGCUCACAGCAAAACUAGAAAAACUCGCAAAACAUUUCCACCUCUUUUACCUGCACAAGCUGAUCAAAAGUAAUUUGCGCGUAGUCAGGUACCUUCACCUCCACGUCAGGCACUCCGUGUGCGACACGCUUAGCCUGUCCGUAGUCUUCAGCCUCGGCGAAGUGGAAGACCUCUUUCAACGCCACAGGAAGAGCAAUGGGGAGUUCAAGGGGCGGCUCUACGGUUUGUUAGGUCGGAUGCACCGCGAGCAUUGCGUGGGGAGCGGCGGGGCAGACCAGUGCGCCGACCACUACGCAGGUCACUACGCCGAUCGAUGCCCCCACCGGGGAACGAAUGGCACUCCCGCGUGGACGCACACCGAGUCCAAAUAUUUCGACGCUACGGGGCGGUUUAGAAGCAAAUUGGGAGCACCGGCGGAAGAGAAAGCCCCCUUCAACAAAAGCUACGACAGUACGCACAAGUACUCCCGAGAUGACUCCAUCUGGUUUGUUCCGCAAGACAAUGCUUGUGCUGAGGAGGAGUCUGCUCAUACCCAUCUGAGCAAAGUAACCCUAAGGGAGAAGGAGCUAAACGGACUGGUCCUCUACGUGGGUGAAGAUGCCAACAGCUUCUGCAAAGAAAAUGUCUACCAAAGUAUCUUCAGCAUCAGCAUGAACAAGACAGAUUUUGUUUUUCCCACUUUGAAGGAGCAGCUGGGGAUGUUCCGCCAGUUUGUGAGCGGCAAUGGAGAAGUGCAAGGGGGGGGAGAAGCCGCACGGAAGUCCUCCCCUGAGAUGCCAACCCAGUUGCGAUGCGGAAACAUCAUCAUAACGAGGCACACCAAUUUGAAAAUCGGAAUGGAGAGGGGUGCCACCCCCAAGGGGGGGGAAAAGAGCGCUAAAAAAGGGGGGCACAAUGGAGAGGAACAAAAUGGAGGGCAUCAAAACGGAGGGGGAAAAACAAACAAAGCAUCACCUUACGACAUGACGGCGAUCAAAAAUCACGCCAAUGACUUCUUCAGUUUGGAAAGAAUUAACACGAGUAACCUCCCCUCGUCCAUCCUGCCAAUAUACGAGCAGCUGAAAAGAAAUAGCCACUACUUCAUGCACAAGGAGGGGGGGGAAACGUCGGUUCGCGCGGAUGCGAAGGAAAGCGCAGCGUGUAAGCUGUGCAAGCUGGGCGAACUGGGCAAACCGGGUAAACCGCAUGCCAACAUUUUAAAAAAAAAGAAAAUUCACGUGGAUGUAAUUUUCCACAUCAUUAUUCCCCAAAAUGCGAACAGCAAAAGCUUCCAAAUCAUUUUACUCUCCCUGUUGAAGGUUCUGGACUUGUGUAGGAGCUACCACGUCUCCUCGCUGACGUGCCCCCUGCCCUACGUGCACGACGUGGUACAUAAGAACAAGCGCCCCGUCGUUUAUGCCUUCAUGUACUCCCUCGUGUUCAGCCUCCUGAAUUAUGUCAAGUGCACGCAGUCGCCCGCCCAGCAGGUGCGCGUGCUGCACUUCGUCUUCCCCAAUUUGGCGUUUCGCGAGGGGGGCGCGGCAGGGAGAGCGACAGGAGGAGCGGCAGACAUAGUAGCACGCGGCGUGGCGGUGGACAGCUCCGUGGAGAAGAAGACGGCGAAGAAGACCUCCCCCCUGAAUGAGGAGUCCCCCCUGCAUCCAAGUGCCAACUCGGACGGACUUCCCAAAGAGCGCAUGUCAAGCAUGGCCUCCUUCAUUUACCGUGUUGCCAACGACAUGCGGGGGAAGUACACCCUCGUUGAGAGCAUCUAA